CCCUCUGUUUUCUCCUCCACAGCAUCGCAGUUGAGGAAAUGCCGCGUCGACAACCAGAAUGCUCUCAACACUUGCCUCAAACAGAUCAUGGAGGAUCUGAGGCCGCGCACCAAGACAGGCAUCCCCGAGCUCGGCCUGCCUAUUCUGGAGCCAAUGCACAUCAACAACAUCGUUUUUCGGCAAGGAGACGGAGCUGUCAAUGUGCAAGCGCAGUUCAUGCAAGUGAAAGUGCAAGGUCUCUCCAACUAUUCCACGUCUCAUGUCAACGCCGACCCACAGGCACUGACGCUCUCCGUGGGUCUCAAGGUGCCCGAACUCCGCGUGGCUGGACUCUAUGAACUCAAGGGGCAGGUCAUCGUCUUCCCCGUCAGCGGAUCUGGAAGCUUCUGGACCAACCUCAACAACAUCGACGCCUCCGGAGUGGGGAAGCUGACCGUGCAACAGGGACCCGACGGCCAGGAGCGCCUCAGAGUGUCCGACACCCGCAUCAAUUUCAACAUCCGGGACAUCUCGCUCCACCUCAGCAACCUCUUCAAUGGGGAUCCUAUCCUGGGUGAGACCGUGAACCACUUCCUGAACCAGAACAGCCAGGAGGUCCUUCGCGACGUCAAGCCUGAAGUCUCUCGUCAGCUCAACGUCCUCAUCGAGAGAGUGAUGAACGACGCUCUCUCACAGCUCCCUGUCAACUCCUUCCUCAUCACGCAAUGAGAGGACGAAGAGGGAGGGAAGAGGGAAGGGAAGGAAAGAGGGAACAGGGGCGAAUAGACAGCUCUACGAGUGAAAGAAUGGAGAGGGGGGGAUAGAGAGAAGGGGAAAGGGUAUAAGAGAGAAGGGAAAAGAAGAGAAGGACAGAAAGUCUUGGGAAUUGGGGGUCAGGAGAAGAGAAAAGGGGAAAGGACAGAAUCAAGAGGAGGAAUAGGAGUAGGGGAAAGGUAGAAGAAGGAAGAGAAAGAAAAGGAAAGGACGGACAGGGAGAGAAAAGGGAGACACUAUGUCUUACUCGCUCUCAACGUCCCUUGGAGGAAUCCUAAUGCAUCUUUUUCAAACGACUGUCAUAAAAGGUAGUCUCGCCUAGCCUUCCUUAGGUGUUUCUGCCAUGCUUUAAGUAUGAAGACAGCGGAUGUAUUUUUCAACAUCAUGAUCAUAAGUGUGUGUGUGUAUAUAUACGUAUGUAAGUUUAUAUGUAUAGGUACACACAUAGACGUAAAUAUUAUCAUACACCGACUCCAUACAGUAUUCAAAACUAUGUUGUUCAUGUAUCAACUUUUCUUACGACAAACAAGUAGUUAAAAUGUAGAUGAGUAGUUAAGGUCCAUUGUUUUGUUACAAAAAAAUCUACCUACGCAAAGAAAAAAACAAAAACAGACUGAUGAAUGACUGUGAUAGCUGAAUGUUCUUCCAGUUCAAUAAAGAAAUUAAAACCUGAUUUGUGUUAAACACUUAAAAUGUUACACCUGCUGAAUUGACUUUUAAUGCAAUGAUGCCUUGCCGCAAGAUCUCAAGAGAAUAUGAGAAAUGUAACACCGUUGGGAAUCUUGUGACUGUUUGAUGGCUGUAAAAAAAAGGAAUUAAUGAAAGACACGAUCACUUUGAUAAAGUUUAUAGGCAUUUAUCUCCCAUUUCUAAUCGAACGGAGUAACUUAUUCACAUUUAAAAGAUAAAUAGAUAUAAUACAUAACUUUUCUGGACAGUAAUUAGUAUAAGUGCACAAAGGAAUAUUUCGCAAGCAAAGAUAUAAAAACAACUUCAAGAAAAAUAAAAAGAAAAGAAAAUUAGAUUUCGAAAUGUGUUUCAGAACUCAUGCGUUCUUUUUUUCUAUUCUGGGUGUGAACUAAACGUUAAAACGUUUCAUAUUCGUUUGAAAGAAUUGAUGCUUUUAUCCUAUGAAAAAGAAGUGCGUUAUUUUGCAUUUGAGUAAGUGAAAGAUGAAUACGUAAUUCGUCCUGUGCAUGAAAGAAUAUAAAAUGACACUCCGUAUGCAAUACAGUGCGUGAAUGAGAUAAAGCGAAUGGCAUAGCGUGGGCGGUUGUAUGAAUGAUCAGCAAUACGAUGUGAAAGUAAUGACAGAAAGGGCAAAAACGUGAUUUAAAAGCGUGAUUGCAGAAAAGUAUUAUCAGUCUAUGGGCAUGUAACCGCGCACCAUACAUAUUGUUCCGACGAAAAUGAGUGCAUACUAUAUAUAUAUAUGUGUGUGUGUGUGUAAAGGACCUUGUCGUAGAUAUAUUAUAUGUUAGAAUAUUGUUGCUGUACAAAUAAAAUAAUUUUCGACAA